AUUAGUGACACAGACUCAUAUGACUCAUCGCUACUUCUACAAGUAGUGGAGGCGUAGCAGAGCCGAAGACCAGACACGGAAAGUGAAUUUUGGAGUGCGAGUGAAAAUGAAAACAAAUUUCACAAUUCGCUGGAAUUAGCUUUUCGCUUCAUUCCUGUUGAGCUUCCUCUUCCACUGACGGACAAUUCCUUCUCUUUCAUUCUGCUUUUUGCCUUCUAUUUUAGGAAGAGGAAUGACUAAUAACUCCUACUCUGCCAUGGCAAAUUCACCGCCGUUAUUUGCUCAAAACUUGCCGGUUGGAUGGAGAUUUGGCCCGACCGAUCAAGAACUGGUUGCUCAUUACUUGAAGCGGAAGAGGCGUGGUGAUCCUAUCGAUGGCUCCGACAUCGUUGAGGUUAUUAAAUUCUGCAAUUAUAACCCUUGGGAUCUACCUGGUUUAUCCAAGUGUAAAUCCACCGAUAAAGAAUGGUUUUUCUUCUUUUAUCUUCGCGAGUACCACAAUAAUAGCGGGCAGGCUAAGCGAAGGGCGGGGAAUGGAUACUGGAAAAUCACCGGUGAUCCUCGCUCAGUCACUCCUGAAGAGAGUGAUGAAGAGAUCGGAACUAAGAGAACUUUGGUUUUCCAUAAUCCUGAAGCGACUUGCUGGGUCAUGCACGAGUAUGAGUACACUGCAGAACUUGACUCUCCUGUUAAGGGUAAUUAUGUCCUUUGUAAAUUAAAGGAAAAGCCAAAUAAGAAGAAAAAAGCAGUUAAGAGGUCAAAGAAAGUGGAACCAAGUUGCCAGAAGUCAAGAGCAAAAAAGAAGGCAAGAAAAGGUGAAUCAGAUUGUAAUAUGGCUUCAGUUUCAGCUUCUGCUUUUAAAAGAUCGAAGGAGAUUAUGGCUAAUUCAACCUAUGUUGAAGGUGAACCUAGCAUUAGUAACCACAUGAUUUCUGGUUUAGGAAACCAAAAUUCAAAAAAGAUGGCUGCUAUUGCAACCUAUGAGAAAGAUGGAUCAAGUAACCCAAAGGCUCUAGGUUUUGACAAUGAAAGUCAAUGUGAGAUGAUUUCUAUCUCAACCUGCAACAAAGGUGAAACAAGCAGCAUAAUAGCUUCUAGUCUCAGGAAUCAAAACUUUUCCGAGAUGACUGAUGUUUCAUCCCAUAACAGGGGUGAAACAAGAUGCCUGACGGCAUCUAGUUUGGAAAAUUAUAAUCCAAAUGAGAAUACAGCUACGUCAUCUUAUAAGAACUGUAAACAAAGUUGCCCAACAGCUUCUGGUUUAGAAAAUCAAAACUCAAAUGAAAUUACUAAUGAGUCAUCUUAUUUUGCAAAUCAAAAUGCAAAUGAAAUGACUAAUGAGUCAUUUUAUUUUGCAAAUGAAAUGACUAACAAGUCAUUUUAUGAUAUAGGCAAACCAAGUAACCUUGAUCCUUUGGAUUUUGAAAAACAAAAUCCUAGUAAGAGCACUGGCACAUCAUCCUCUACUGAAGGUGUGUGGAGUUCCCUCUUGAAAUCUCCUGAUUUUGAUAAUCAAAAUCAAUCUGAGAAGACUGAUUUGUCACCCCUCAAAUAUGAUCGGAGUUCCUAUAUAGCUUCUAAUGUUGGAGAAACAACAUUUCAAGAAGCGCAAAGUCAGUAUAAGGGUACAGAUGUUCCAACCCCUAAUUAUCAGAACUCCAUGUUGACUUCUAAUUCUCAAGAAGCUAUGUUACAAAACCAAUAUGAUAUAACAGAGAAGCCAAUCCUUGAAGAUAAUUUUACCUGGAUGGCUUCUGAUGGAAGAGAAGCUAAGUUUCCUGAGAUAAAUCCUCAACUGUUGGAUGAGCUAAUAGCAUAUUAUGAACUACAAGACAGCCUAAACUCUGCAUCAGAGCAACCUAUCCACACCAAGGAAAGCUGAAGUAACAGUUCCCUCUGGACUGCGUGAACUGCAUCAAAUAAAGACUAUUAUGGUAGGAGUCAAGCACCUCUACUUGUAUGGUUCCUUGUAUCAAUGGUUUAUCCGGCCAUUGAUUGCCUAAUGAUAGACAUGUCAAGUUUGACUUGAUUUCAAGGAUGCAGAUUCAAGCUUCGGGCUGCAAUGCUUCAUAUUUCAUAGUAUGGCCUGUUUCGUCCUAAUCUGCAGCUAUAUAUUUAUAAAAAUGUUAUGAUUAUUGAAAGUGAUGCAACUCUUAUUCCAGAGUUAUGAUUAGAUUAUAGUACCUUGUCAUGACUAUUGAAUGUGAAGUCUUAUAUAGCUUCCAUGUAUUAGUUCCUUCGCAUGUUUGUGAGGGUAUACUUGUAUCAAGAACCAAUUGCUUAUGUUUAUUGGGCAUGUAUCUCUUUAUCCUCUGUUUAUAAAAUUUCUGAAUAAACAGUUAAAUUUAAGUGAUGAUUCAA